UGAGCUCUGCGCAAUGAGAACUGCAGCAGGUAGUCCGCCAUUGCUGAAUGAACAACUGUCGGAUUUGGUAGUUUGCUGUCAACAAUAAACUACGAGAUCGAGUGAAAACUCGUCGACUGCUCCACAUACCAGUAGUCCACACUGUCCCUCGUUAAAGAACAUUUUCAUGUGAAUACGGAGCCCUCGGACGACGUAACCAUGUCCAAUCUCAGCAAAGGCGGCACCAAGAAGGACACCAAAAUGAGGAUACGGGCCUUUCCUAUGACAAUGGAUGAGAAGUAUGUCAACAAUAUUUGGGACCUGCUGAAGAAUGCAAUCCAAGAGAUUCAGAGGAAGAACAACAGCGGCCUUAGUUUUGAGGAGCUAUACAGGAACGCAUACACAAUGGUUCUCCAUAAGCAUGGAGAGAAGCUUUACACAGGUCUACGAGAGGUUGUCACCGAACACCUCAUCAACAAAGUACGAGAAGAUGUCCUUAACUCCCUGAACAAUAACUUCCUCCAAACCUUAAAUCAAGCAUGGAAUGACCAUCAAACAGCCAUGGUGAUGAUUCGAGACAUCCUGAUGUACAUGGACCGGGUUUAUGUACAGCAGAAUAAUGUAGAGAAUGUCUACAACCUGGGUCUCAUCAUCUUUAGGGAUCAGGUGGUUCGCUAUGGCUGCAUCAGAGACCACCUCCGACAGACCCUGCUGGACAUGAUAGCACGUGAGAGGAAGGGAGAGGUGGUGGACAGGGGUGCCAUCAGAAAUGCCUGCCAAAUGCUAAUGAUCCUUGGUCUUGAAGGGAGAUCAGUUUAUGAAGAAGAUUUUGAGGCACCAUUUCUGGAAAUGUCUGCUGAAUUUUUCCAGAUGGAGAGCCAAAAGUUCCUUGCAGAAAAUAGUGCUAGUGUUUACAUAAAGAAGGUGGAGGCCAGGAUCAAUGAGGAGAUUGAGCGAGUGAUGCACUGCCUUGAUAAGUCCACAGAGGAGCCCAUUGUUAAAGUGGUGGAACGAGAGCUAAUCUCCAAACACAUGAAGACCAUUGUAGAGAUGGAGAACUCAGGCUUAGUCCACAUGCUCAAAAAUGGCAAAACAGAUGAUUUGGCCUGCAUGUACAAGCUGUUCAGCAGGGUUCCCAAUGGCCUGAAGACCAUGUGUGAGUGUAUGAGCUCUUACCUACGGGAGCAAGGCAAAGCCCUCGUGUCAGAGGAGGGUGAGGGAAAGAAUCCUGUCGACUAUAUCCAGGGUUUGCUGGACCUGAAGUCACGUUUCGACCGUUUCCUGCAGGAGUCCUUCAAUAAUGACCGGCUCUUUAAACAGACCAUUGCUGGCGACUUUGAGUACUUCCUGAACCUCAAUUCUCGCUCACCGGAGUACUUGUCACUCUUCAUUGAUGACAAACUCAAGAAAGGGGUUAAAGGGCUGACAGAGCAGGAGGUGGAAUUUAUACUGGACAAGGCCAUGGUGCUGUUCCGCUUCAUGCAGGAGAAAGAUGUGUUUGAGAGAUAUUAUAAACAACACCUGGCCCGCAGACUGCUCACCAACAAGAGUGUUUCUGAUGACUCUGAGAAGAACAUGAUUUCCAAGCUCAAGACUGAGUGCGGCUGUCAGUUCACAUCCAAACUGGAGGGCAUGUUUCGGGAUAUGAGCAUCUCUAACACCACUAUGGAUGAGUUUAGACAACAUCUACAGACAACUGGGGUAUCACUGGGUGGGGUUGAUCUGAUCGUGAGAGUCUUGACCACAGGAUACUGGCCAACACAAUCAGCAACUCCCAAGUGUAACAUUCCCCCUUCACCACGCCAUGCAUUUGAAGUCUUUAGGAGAUUUUAUCUUGGAAAGCACAGUGGCAGACAGCUCACACUGCAGCACCACAUGGGCUCUGCAGACCUAAACGCCACCUUUUACGGCCCCAUCAAAAAGGAGGAUGGUUCAGAAGUUGGGGUAGGAGGAGCCCAGGUCACAGGCUCCAACACAAGAAAGCACAUCCUGCAAGUCUCCACCUUCCAGAUGACCAUUCUUAUGCUUUUCAAUAACAGGGAGAAGUCUACUUUUGAGGAGAUCCAACAGGAGACGGACAUCCCAGAAAGAGAGCUGGUGCGAGCACUGCAGUCAUUGGCCUGUGGCAAGCCCACCCAGAGAGUUCUCACCAAAGAGCCAAAAUCUAAGGAGAUUGAAAAUGGCCAUGUGUUUACAGUCAACGACCAGUUUACCUCCAAACUGCACCGUGUCAAGAUCCAGACAGUGGCUGCUAAACAGGGCGAGUCAGACCCAGAGAGGAAGGAAACACGGCAGAAAGUGGACGACGACAGGAAGCACGAGAUUGAAGCCGCCAUCGUUCGCAUAAUGAAGUCCCGAAAGAAGAUGCAACACAACGUUCUAGUCGCAGAGGUCACACAGCAGUUGCGAGCACGAUUCCUCCCUAGUCCUGUAGUCAUCAAGAAGCGCAUUGAAGGACUUAUUGAGAGGGAAUAUUUGGCACGAACACCAGAGGACCGCAAAGUGUACACCUACGUAGCAUAGAACAAGUGAAUUCAAUGAAACCUAACAUGAAGUGCAACUGAGAGCCUUGGUUCCCCCCCCCCCCCUCCUUUUUUUUUUUCCUUUUUUUUUCUCCCCCCUGUGGACUGCUAUAAGUUGAAUGAACUUGGAAGUGCUUUUCAUCACUGAUUCUGGGAAACACUGGGAAGUUUAAUUUUUCUUCCAGAUAAAUGUGUAAAAAAAACAAAAAAAAUAAAUAGCAAUGCAAAGGGGUUAAGAAAUUUUCUCACAAAAUUAGAGUUUAGCAGAGAGAAUUGAAUGGAGGGGGAUCUAGUUUUGUACAAAAUCCAUACUUCUUGUGGCCUUUGGAGAGAAAUGGUUGAGCCUGUUUGCCAACUAAUCAUGUGCUGUUCUUAAAGGAUCCAGAAUGAGCUGAAAACAUGUUAUAAAAGAAACAUGCAACUACAGGGAGACCAUGUAAACAUUUGAAUUCACUCCCCUGUUUUAAAUGUUCAUGUCAAUGUGUUAUGUUUGUGUUUGUGGCACAAUACUGGUUGUACAGGUUGAUGGGCACUCUCAGCCUUUCCCUCCGAGAGGAUUUUUAAGACGAGGACAAAUCGGCAACUGGUGCAGACCUGGUAUGCAACAGCAGUAAAUAGUUUUUGAGUACUUGAGAAAACAUGGAGUGCUUAAUUUAUGUUGCAAAUGUCUGUUUUGAGGUUUUAAUGUCCGAAGAUGUAAUGCGCCUCACAUAGCUGAAAUAUUUAAUGCCAGAUUCAGAUACAAUACUUGGACCAGGUCUGUACUCACAGUUGGAGAGAUCAACAGCUGUACCUCCGCAGCAUGCUUUUUAAUGAGACAGUCAGGGGAAAUAGAAGCUCCACAAAGGUUUGGUCUCAUAACACAUUUUUCACUUCAGGCCUGCUGUACAAUUGGCCAAUGAAACGUCUCCUGUCCUUAAAGUUAGAAGGUUCCAUGCAGGUAUCGAAGAUUACUUCCUUUUUUUUCCUCUCCAUUCAUAACUGCAUUUGAACAGGUGGAACCAGUCUAGCACCAUGUUCCAAUGUGUACAAAUUGUAAAAUAAUUAUUGUACUCACGCCGAAGGUGGAUUGUACAGGGCCUUGUUUUCAUCAUUAAAUGUAGAAUAAAGAAAAGUGAUUAUUGCA